AUGACAGACAAGCCGCCCAAGAGGGCGGUCAGCCUUCUCGAUGACGACCAGUUGCUCGCGGCCGCCUCCAAGCGAAAAUCGAGUACUAAAGAUAAGGAUAAGGAUCAAAAAGAUGAAAAGAAGGAAAAGAAGUCGUCCAGCAAGCGAUCUUCGUCCGACGAGAAGCGCAGCAAGUACCGCAGCCGCAGCCUGCUCGACCUCUCCUCCGCCUCCGUCAGCAAGAGCCGCAGCGGCUCGGGCGCCGACAAGGACACGGCUUCGACCCCAGUCGACAAAAAACAGAGUAGCAAGGAUGGCAAGUACGACUCGUCGACGGUGAGCGCCCGCAAGAAGGACCGCAAGGCGAGCGUGGUCUCCUUCUCAGGCGCGGGAGCUUCAUCAUCUCCUUUGUUGUCGCUAGGUUCGUUUGCCUCCCACGCCGCCCCCUCAUCAUCUUCAUCUUCGCCUCAUGGCUCGCGACGAGGUAGCGACAUCAAGAAGGAGAAGAAAGACAAAAAGGAGAAGAAGGAGAAAGACAAGAAAGAGAAGAAGGACAAGGACAAGGAGGGCAAGAAGGAGAAGAAGGACAAAAAGGGGGAGAAGAAGGAGAAGAAAAAGUCCAAGUCGCGCUCAGGCUCCUACAUCGGGUCGUCGUCGUCGUCGUCGUUGAGCGACAGCGGGUCGCGGCGUGCGCGGAUCGCCCUCACCCCGCGCGGGUCGGUCGACGACUCGGCCUCGGCGUCAGCCCCGGCCUCGGCCCAGAAGGCGGCGGCUGAACUGGAGAAGGAGAAGGCCCGUCAGGCCGAAGCGGCCGAAGCGGCGAAGCCCAAGCGCGUGGCGACGCUGUUCCUCGAGGAGUUUGGUAUGAGCGUGCCCAAGCCCAAGCCCGAGCCUGAACCCGAGCCUGAGCCGACACCCGAGCCGGCGGCGGCUGAGGUGGUGAAGGUUGAAGAGAAGGUCGAGGCGGCGACGGAAAGCGAAGAGCCGAAGGAAGCGGAUGGAGCGCAGAAGGUGGAGGUGGAGGAGGUAGAGGAGAAGACGAUCACGGAAGAGGUGGUGACAGCCGCGGAGGAAAAGAACGAAGAGAAGGAGGAGAAGGAGGAAAAGGAGGAGAAGACGGAGCAAGCGGGUUCCGAGGCCACGGAAGCGAAGGAAGCCGAGCAGCCAAAGAGCGAAGAAAAGAGCGAAAGCGAAGAGAAAGCGACGGUGGAGACGGGAACUGCCGAAAGAGUGGUCCCCGAGGCCGGCGCCAGCAACGGCGACGAAGGGGAGGAGACAGAAGCGAAAAAGAAAGAAGACGGCGAGGCCAAGAGCGAAGACGAAGGCGAGGAGGGAGAAGAUGUAAAACAGGAAGCCGAUGUCAAGGACGCGACGCAGGCGGAGUCGGGGUCGAACGUGGCCAGCGCUGAGUCCGGGAACAGUGGCGGACAGGAGGAGCCGGCGGAGGUCGAGCCGAGCCCCGCUGUGCCCGACGUCGUCAUCGUCGUCGACACGCCGCCGGCCGAUGCCGCGACCACCGCCGGAUCGGCCGACGACGAUGACAGCGACGCGUCGGCGGGCGAGAGCGAUGGCGCGCAGCCGCAGGUGGAGGACCCGAAGGGCGCCGAUGAGGGCGAUGACCAGCCGCAGGCGACGCCCAGCGAGAGCCAAGACCCGACCGAGGCCGAGCCGAAGAAGGGCGACGACGGGAAUGAUACCAAGACGACAGAGGCCGAGGCCGAGACUGAGGCCGAGGCGGAGAGCAGCGGCGGCAGCGGACGGAAGCGCACGGGGACGCAGGCCUUCUUCGACACGAUGAAGCAGGGCGUGGCCAAGAUGGAGUCGACCGGCCAGCUGCCGCUGCCGAUCAACCCCACGCGCUCGGCGUCGUCGGGGGCGCUGCCCAUGGCCUCGGCUGGGAGCGCGAACGGGUCCGGGCGACCGCUGAGCGCCGGGAGCAGCAGCGCGCACUCGCUAUCGCCCCGCAGCAGCGGCGCGCCGCCCCAGCCGCUCCCAGUCCGCUCCGUGUCGGCGCUAGCUCAGGCCCUGCAGGCCCCCGCGCCCGCAAAGACGUCGCCGCGUGAGGAGAGUGUGCCCAAGCGCAACGUGCUGGAGCGGGCCAAGUUCCUGCAGCAGCCGAGCGAGGAGGAAGCUGCGGCGGUGGCGGCCGAUCGUAGGUCGCUGAGCCCGCGACCCGCCGGCGGCGGAGGCAAUGUGCUGGAGCGGGCCAAGUUCCUGCAGCAGUCGCCCACCGAGGCGGACAAGGAAUGCAAGGCGCCGGCUGUCGACAUUCCUCGCGGCAACGUGCUCGAGAAGGCCCAGUUCCUGCUUACCCCGAAGGAUUCCGAAGCGGCCGCGGCCGCGGACAAGGCCUCCUCCGAUAUGCCUCGCGGCAAAGUCCUGGAAAAGGCUCAAUUUUUGCAGCAGGCGCCACAGUCCUCCAUGCACCGGAGGCAGAGCACGGUCGAGGAGAUGCUUGGCGCCGAGCCCAAGAAGGUGAACCCCAAGACCAUGGCCAUGUUCGACUCGAUUCUACAGCAGAUGGUGCGCCACGGCGGCCCCGCCGAUGGCUCCGCCGGCGCCGGAGCUAAACCCGCCUCCCGCGAGCGCGCCGACAGCGACAAGGACCGCGCCAGGCCCAAGGGCGACAAGAGUACCUCCGGCGACGGCGGGCCAGGGUCGCUCCGGGGCAAGGCCGUCCCCGUGCUGCCCAUUGCCGUAGCUGCUGGCUCUGCGUCGCCGGCCGCGGCAGCUGGCGAUGCCUCGGGCGAGGUGCCUACCGUGUCGGCCGCGGAGCUCCUCAAGAGUCCGCGACGCCGGCCGCCGCCCUCGCCCAGCACACCCACCGUGGCUCCCGACGCCGUGCACGUGCAAUUCUCCGAACCCGACCCCGCCACCGGUAAUAGGAUCGUGGCUCUCGGCACGGUGCCGGGCUUGAUCAACCGCCUCACCUGCGCCGACGAAGACCCCUCGGGCUUCGAUCGGGACCUCUACAUUGACGUGUUCCUGCUGGUCCACCCGUUGUUCGUGCCCUCCGUCACCGUGCUGGACCACCUCCGACAAACGUGCGUCCUUUUCUGCUCUUUCUCUCCUUUUUUCUUUCUUUCGCGAGUGUUGUCUGGGUGUUGA